UGGUCAUGACUUGAAAGUAAACCAUCAGUGUUAAAAUUCUAAAUUCUCGUGAAGUACCUCUAUCAUCUACACUAAUUAUUCUUUGGUUAAAAAGCGAAGUGACUCCCCCAAGUCCUUGGUUAUCAAACAUUUAUGCAGAAUAUUUUCGUCAUCUGCAGGCAACAAGAAUGUUUAAAAUAUUGAUUCCAAUAAUCUGUCUUUUAGUACCACUGAAUUGUCAAAAUCGAACUUCUAACGUUUUCGACCCUAAAAAGUAUCAAUUUUACCAUAUCCCCGCUGAACCUCCACAUUUUAAAGCCUUAACCAGUGAUGGUGUACUAAUAACGUCUAAGCCAACUAAAAAACCAGACAACCGAAUUAUGUUCAAUUUCCCAAAUAGUACUUAUGGAAUAGAUUCCAAAAGACAAACCACGGCGAAAGAAUUUAUCACCGGAAUGAGUGUCAUAUUCCCUGGUACCAAGUGGUGUGGUCCAAACGACAAUCCGGAGUCUUAUGAAGACUUGGGCAAUUUUUACACCACUGAUAAAUGUUGCAGAGGCCACGAUCACUGUCCCCAUACUAUACCUGGCAGGUCUCAGAAAUACGGUUUAUGGAACACAGGCUUGUUUACGAGAUCGCAUUGUGACUGUGAACGAAAGUUUUACCUCUGUUUGAAAGACUCCAAAAGUGUUAUCUCUGGUCAACUCGGAUUCACGUACUUUACGCUUUUCGGGCCUCAGUGCUUCAGAGAGGAUUAUCCUAUAAUCGGUUGUGGGAAGUGGGGAUUGCGGAGAUGCGAAAGAUACAUAUAUGACUACCAUGGAGAAGUGAAGUACCAGUGGUUUGACAAUCUUUAUUUUUAAGAAAAUUGUAACAGUUGUAAUUUAUUCGU